AUGCUGCCCAAGACGCGCCUGGGCGUCGCCGCCGCGGUCUGGGCCGGCGCGGGCGUCGCCACGCUCGUCGCCCGCUUCGUCAAGCGGCGGCGCAACGAGGAGCGCGAGCGGCGGACCGCGGCGGCGGGCGGCCUCAUCCCCGCGGCGCGCACGGUCGUCGACGCGCUCGCGGCGCGCGCGAGCUACACGGCCGACGCGCCCGCGCUCGUCGGCGCCGACGGCGCGAGCUACACGUGGGAGGCGUACCACGCGAACGCGGUCGCCUUCGGCAAGGCGCUGACGGCGCUCGGCGGCCGCGGCGGCGUCGCCGUGCACGCGUUCAACGAGCCGCGCUGGUUCUUCGCCGCCGUCGGCGCGCUCGCGGCGGGCUGGACGAUCUCGGGCGUCUACCUGACGAACACGUACGAGCAGUCCAAGCACAUCCUCAAGACGUCGCGCGUGCGCGUCCUCGUCGUCGAGACGCGCGCGCAGCUCGAGUCGACCUACGCGUCCGUGCUCGACGACUUCCCGGAGCUGGUCGUCGUCGUCCUCGAGGGCGGCGCCGUCGACGGCGACCGCGUCUUCCACUACGACGCCUUCGUCGCGACCGGCGCGGCUUUGGACGACCGCGCGCUGCCGCGCAUGCUCCCGUCGACGGACGUCGCGUCGCUCGUCUACACGUCGGGCACGACGGGCAACCCCAAGGCCGUGGAGCUCACGCACGAGAGCGCGCGGACCGUCUGCGAGAUGAUGCACGCGCGCAUCCCGCUCAACGAGUCGACGGUCCUCGUGUCCUACCUGCCCCUGAGCCACAUCGCGGCGCUGGGCAUCGACGUCUACAGCGCCAUCUUCUGCGGCGCGACCGUCCACUUCGCCGACGCGGACGCGCUCCGCGGGUCGCUGAAGACGACGCUCCUCGCCGCGCGGCCGACGCUCUUCUUCGGCGUGCCGCGCGUCUGGGAGAAGAUGGCCGCGGCCAUGCAGGCGACGGCGGCGAAAACGUAUGCAACAUCCAAGGCGAAGCAGGUCAUCGGGACCGCGGCCAAGGCCGUCGGCGCGGCCUGGUGGGACCCGGCGACGCCCGAGGUCGCGCGCGGCGCGCUGGCCCUGCCCAUGGGCCUCUUCAAGGUCCUCGCCUUCAAGAAGAUCCGCAAGGCCUGCGGCCUCGACCGCUGCGAGCUGCUCUACACGGGCGCGGCGCCCCUCUCCGCGGCGACGGCCGACUACCUCAAGUCCGUCGACAUGCCGCUGUUGGAGGUCUUCGGCAUGAGCGAGUCCUGCGGCGCCAUCGCCGUGUCCGGCCCCCUCGACGGCGCGCGGCCCGCGGGCUCCUGCGGCCGGCCGCUGCCCAACGGCCACUGCGAGAUCGCGCCCGACGGCGAGGUGCUCUGGCGCGGCGGCAACGUCAUGCGGGGCUACGCGGGCCGCGCCGAGGCGACGGCCGCGGCGCUCGACGACGGCUACCUCCGCACGGGCGACCUCGGCGAGCUCGUCGGCGGCUUCCUCCGCAUCACGGGCCGCAAGAAGGACCUCAUCAUCACCGCGGGCGGCGAGAACGUCGCGCCGGCGCCCGUCGAGGAGCGCUUCUGCGACGCACUCGGCGGCCACGCGGUCCUCGUCGGCGACCGCCGCAAGUUCCUGUCGCUGCUACUCGCGCCGCCCGAGGGCGGCGCCGCGCCGGCGCCCGACGCCGUCAAGGCCGCGCUCGACGCCUACAACGCCGCGGCCAUGUCGCGCGCGCAGCGGGUCCAGAAGGUCUCCGUGCUCCCGGCGCCCUUCUCCGUCGAGACGGAGGAGCUCACGCCGACGAUGAAGCUCAAGCGCGCCUUCGUCAUCGCCAAGUACCAGUCCCAGGUCGACGACAUGAGACACACGGUCGCGCUGCUGCUGCUGCGGCUGCGGCCGUGGGCGGCCUUCACGCUCGUGCCCUACCGCGCCUGGAAGCACCCCUGGCGCCUCGCGAAGCUCGCCGGCGACGACCCGCAGCUCGCCGGGCUCGCGCCGGACUCGCGCUUCAACCAGUCGUCGAAGGUCGCCUGGCUGCCCGCCGCGGCCGACGACACGGCCGAGGCCGUCGCGCUGCGCACCAACUUCUACGGCCGCGGCGGCACGCUGGAAUUCGUGCACGUGCACAAGUGCGGCGGCCUCACGUUCAGCCACGUCGCGCCCCGCUUCGUCUGCCCGUUGGCGGACGGCCCGGCGCCCUGCGGCGGCUGCGUGAGCCCCUGGGGCUACAGGAACCACCCGAAGACGCUCGGCGCGUGGGCGGGGGAGACGUGCGGCGCGCCGUGCUGCGUCAUGCGGCAGCGGCCGAGCCUGCCCGCGCUGCUCGACGCGUGGCCCUUCGACGCGCGGCCGCGCUUCGUGAGCGCCUACGAGGAGUUCGACGCCUUCGCGCUGCCCUGGGUCGUCGGCGCGACGUUCAAGGCCGUCAUGGUCCGCGAUCCCUACGCGCGUUUCUUGUCGGACGUGCAGUUCGAGUGCCGGAUGGGCCGCGCGGCCGACGUCCCGACGGCGGCGGCGUCCCUCGCGCGCAACGACACGCUCGCGCGGCGGCGCGCGGCGCGGAACCGCAUCGCCGCGGACGUCGUGCACCGGAGCGCGCUCGGCGACUCGGGCGACGACGGCGCGCGGCUCGCCGGGGAGCGGUGGGCCGCGGCGGAGGCGGGGCUGCGGGCCUUCGCCUUCGUCGGCGUCGUGGAGCACUUCGAGCGGUCCAUGUGCCUCCUGGCGCGGACGGCGAGCCGCGAGGGCGCCGCGGUCUGCGCCGCGUGCUGCGUUUCGGCGGAGGGGCCGCGGCGCCUCGGCGACGAACCGCGGCGCCUUGGCGACGCGCUGCCGCGGCGCCUCGGCGACGCGCUGCCGCGCAUCAACGCCGCGGCGGACCACGAGGACCACGAGCGGUGCCGGGGCGAGCGCAGCGACGCCGACGAGGCCGCCUACGUCGCCGCGCACGCCGCGGAUUACCAGGUCCACGCCGUCGCGGUCCGGCUCUUCGAGGCGCGCUGGGACCUCGCGGAGGCCGAGGGCUGGGGCGCGGCGAACGCGUCGUCCUGCGGCUGCGACUUCGUCGCGCGGGCGGAGGCGCCCCCGCCGGCGGAGAAGCCCCCGCCGGCGGAGAAGCCGCGCGGCCGGCCGCUCGCGCAGCGGCGGCCGCCGCCGGCGCCGCCGGCGACGACGACUACGCAAGCGACGCUGCGGACGAUCACGAAGCCCCGGGCGACGCCCGCGCCGACGGCGCAGCCCGCGCCGCCGCCCGCGGGCGCCCCCGCCGGCGCCGCCCCCGUCGUCGUUGCGGCCGCGGCGGCCUUCGGCGUCGCGUUCGCGGCGACGAGCGCGUGGCUCCGGCCGCGGCGCUGA